CGUUUGUCACCGGCAGCGGUGAGGGUACGGCGAGGGGGGAGGGAGCUCCGUUCCCAGUACCGUCACUUUUCACCAGCGCCUUAACGGAGCCCUUCCCCCGUCUUCUCCAUCCUUGCCGCAAUGACCACCACAACCAUCUUCUCGGGCAUGGACCCCAGCGGCAGGAACAGCUCCAGAGUGCUGCGUCCUCCUGGCGGUGGUUCCAACUUUUCCUUGGGUUUUGAUGAACCAAAAGAACAGCCCACACGAAAGAACAAAAUGGCAUCCAGCAUCUUUGGAACUCCUGAAGAAAAUCCACCUUCCUGGGCUAAAUCGUCGGGGACAAAGCCAGGUGAAAUCAGAGAAGACACUGAACCAUCUGGAGCACAGAGAAACUCAACUGAUGCUAACUGUGGAGACGUAGAUCCAAAGGGAGGAGAUGGCGGUGGUGAAACAUUUGAAAACACUGAGGCUGAUGUAGAGGCUGCUCCAGGUCAGAAUGAAGAAAAAUCCCUGCCUGCUGCACCUGUUCCUAGCCCAGUAGCACCCGCACCUGCACCAUCCAGGAGAAAUCCACCCGGUGGCAAGUCCAGCUUAGUCCUCGGUUAAACCUUUCCUUUCCUGACUUGAACUUGUGUCUGUUUUUGCCCACCCUUCCCCCCCAUGCUUGUGAACUGCACAACUUGAGCCUGACUGUACAUCUCGAAUUUCUUUCAAUUAAAAAGAAGCACUUUAUGUACUCUUUUUUUUUUUUUUUUUUUUUUCAGAUCAAGGUUUUUUUUCCACUUUUGUCCUGUGUUUUUCCCCUAGAUCUGCUGGAAGUUACAUGAGUGUUUUCUAGUGAUAGACUUGAGGGAAAGCUUUAUGAAGUAUAGUAAUGUAAUUCAAAGGAAAGUAGAUAGGUUCUGAGUGUGCUUUAGAGGGUUUUUGUACUGAGAUUUUUAGAACCCCUUAGCUACACAAGGGUCUAAAGUCCUGGUUAAAGCGGCCAGCAAAUGAUCAGCAAGAGUGGUCCCUUCUUCCACAUGUGAACUUCGGGGAUCUAAAAGAAUUCAUUGUCUGUGUAGGGUGAAUGCCUUGAGCCCUGCUGUGCCAUUUAAAGUGGUUAGGGUACACCAUGCUGCCUUUAAAAAAAACAUUGGUACUGGACUAGUGUAAAGCAGGGUAUGUGCCAAAUAGAGGGCUGAUGAUCAGAGUCACCUGGCCUGAGGGUAGGAGGGGCUUUGUUUGGACUUUAUUCAGCAAAGGUGGAGUGGAUUAUAGAAAUAAAUAAAAACUUACAGGGCUUUUUUUUUUUUUUUUUUUUUUAAAUACAACUGACUCAAUGCUGUGCAUGAUCAUGCUGGUGCUUGACCAUGAGGUGAAAAUCUCAUUCUUUAAAGUGUGUGUUGUAAUUUCAUGAAGCUGGACUGUUGCUUAAAGUAAAUAAUAUAGAAAUUUUGAAGCAA